UGCCCUCCAUUUUUAAAGAAACGUAUAUUCAUUGUUAGAGCUGCCACUUGAGUAUCUCUGUUCAAUAUAACGGAUAAUCUGUGGCUUUUUUUUUUGAUACACACGCACAAGGACAAAAUGUUACAAUGUAGCAUAUAGAAUGCAACAAAAGUUGGGUGCCAUCGAUGGAACACUGGAUAGGCUACUUUGUAUCACUAGACCGGAUUGUACAUCACCAUUCAUCACUUUUGGGUUUAGGUUCACGAGCGAAUAUCGCACUGAAAUUCAAUUGGUCAACAACUAAUCGAUGCAGCAUUUGAACCAAUCACAUUUAACAACGAGCCCCAGAGCGCGUAUAAUUUUUGGGACAGUUAUAAAAUCGAGGCCAGAAAUCUCACAAUACCAGGCGGAGAGCCCUUUUCUCUCUCACCGCACGGAAAGCCACAACGCUUGGCCUCAUUGAAAAGAAAGAAAGAAAGGAAAUGCAGAGGGAUGUAAGAUGGCAGAGCUACAAAUGUUGCUAGAGGAAGAAAUUCCAGCCGGUAAACGAGCACUCGUGGAAAGCUACCAAAAUCUGUCGAGGGUUGCAGAAUACUGUGAAAACAAUUAUGUACAGGCCCAGGACAAGAGGAAAGCUCUGGAGGAGACUAAAGCCUACACCACCCAGUCUCUGGCGAGUGUUGCCUACCAGAUCAAUGCCUUAGCCAACAACGUGCUGCAGCUGCUGGACAUCCAGGCCUCGCAGCUGCGCCGGAUGGAGUCCUCCAUCAACCACAUCUCUCAGACAGUGGACAUCCACAAGGAGAAGGUGGCACGGCGAGAGAUCGGCAUCCUGACCACCAACAAGAACACGUCGCGCACGCACAAGAUCAUCGCCCCAGGCAACAUGGAGCGGCCAGUCCGGUACAUCAGGAAGCCCAUCGACUACACGCUGCUGGACGACGUGGGCCACGGUGUCAAACAACAUGGCAACAACCAGCCAGCUAGGGGGGGAGGAGGAGGAGGGGGGACAUUAUCGAGGACCAAUCCACCGACACAGAAACCCCCGAGCCCACCCAUGGCUGGUCGUGGAACUCUUGGGCGAAACACCCCAUAUAAGACCCUGGAGCCAGUCAAGCCUCCGACGGUGCCUAACGACUAUAUGACCAGCCCAGCACGACUAGGCAGCCAGCACAGCCCUGCACGCACUGCCUCCCUCAACCAGAGACCCAGAACACACAGUGGCAGCAGUGGGGGUAGUGGCGGGCGAGAGAACAGCGGUGGCAGCAGCAUAAGUGUUCCUCUGGCCGUGCCCACUCCCUCCCCUCCCAGCCUGGGACCAGCAGUCCCCCAGGGCCCAGGCCUGGGUCCCAUCCCCAUGUCCCAGUUUGGCACCAUCUCGAGGCAGGUCUCACGCCACAACUCCACCGCCACCUCAGCCUCCAUGGUGUCGGCCACAGGUACCUACCGCCGGGCACCCUCCGGCAGCUCCCAUUUCUCCAUGUCCCAGCAGCCCCACCUCAACGGGGGACCCGCAUACCCUCAGAACUUAGUGUCUGUGGCUCCUCCUCCCCCUCCUAUGGUCCAGCUGACUCCUCAGAUUCCUCUGACGGGCUUUGUGGCCAGAGUACAGGAGACCAUAACAGACAGCCCGGACCCCCUUCCACCGCCCCCUCCCGAGGACGUUGUCAUGUUUGAGGAGCCCUCGCCCCCUCCCCCGCCCCCACCAGUGGACUACCAGGGGGAUGAGGAGGCGGCCGUGGUGCACUACAAUGACCCUUAUGCUGACGAAGACCCCCACUGGGCCCCCAAGUCCUAUGUAGAGAAGGUGGUGGCCAUUUAUGACUACUCCAAGGACAAGGAGGACGAACUGUCCUUCAUGGAGGGCUCCAUCAUCUACAUCAUCAAGAAGAACGACGACGGCUGGUAUGAGGGCGUCUGUAACGGCGUCACUGGCCUCUUCCCCGGCAACUACGUAGAGUCCAUCAUGCACUAUGCAGACUAAGGGCGGCCAUUUUGACAGUGCAAAAACGCCAGGAUGUUACAAAGAAACGUGCUGAGUUUAGUAUUUGAAACGAUAAGGUAGCUUUUAGUAAGAUUUUGGCAUUUGUUUUGCACGGUCAAAUUGUCCUGAAAGCCCCCCAUCUCUUAUCCACACAGAAAAACGUCAAUCUUACUUUUACAGAAAAAAAAUAAGAAAGAAUAAACAAACAAACAAACAAACAUAAAGAAGUGCAUUGCGACAUGAGUGACCGAAUGUUUGUUUUUGUCAGUGUCCAAAUUUCAAUGUUACAAAACAAGCUAAAUAUUCAAUUUACUAUGCUACAUGUUGGAGGGAGGGGUGGGUUGGGGAGGUGGGCCAAGGGAUAGGGAAUAGGAGUUUUUAAUGCUAAAAGAUAUGAACAUUAAUUUGCUUAUUUCUGGUGAAGUUAUUUGGUUUUGUUUACAGUACCAGUCAAAAGUUUGGACACACCUACUCAUUCAAGGGUCUUACUAUUUUCUACAU